AAAAAUGUGUGUGUUACAAUUGCUAAGAAAAAAACUGAAAUACUACUUUAUUCUGAAUAAAACGUAAUUUGCACCGAUAAGUUUCCGGUGUUUAAGCGAUAACGAUACUUUUGCGACAGCUGUUGGCAAAGCGGUACUUUUAUUUUUGUUUUGAUUACUUUUAUGUAAUGGUGAAAGUGGAGGUCGAAUACUGCGGCACCUGCAACUUUAGCGGGCAGUGCCACUUGCUGCGCGAUUUCCUACUGGCCUCUUCCCCCGACUUGGACAUAUCCUGCCGCCAAGGACGCCGGGGAUCCUUCGAAGUGGCCAUCGACGGGCAGCUGGUUCACUCGAAACUUUCCUGCCUGGCAUUUCCACAGCAUCAGAGUGUCCUGACCCAAGUUCAGCGGGCCGAGCGAGGAGAACCCGUGGAAAAGGUCAUAGAGCAGCCCAUCAAGGACUGCAGUGUAAUGUGAUGGUCCCAAAGAACUGAGUUACUUAAAUCCUUAGAUUAUUAAAAUAUGUUAAAUUCAAUGUUA